AUGGAGGACAUCGUGUCCUCCCCACCAUCGCCCAACAUCAGAAAGCGGCAGGCACCAGAAGACGAUUGUGCAGAAAAGAAACCAAUCAAUCUAAAGGGCUCACAGUUCCUGAUGCCGACUCCGCCAGAUACGGACCAAUCCAGUAACGUCAGUGCAGAUGCCAGCAUCAACAAUGACGAACCAAAUCGCGCGGCAUCUCCGGCUCCAAGCAGCUCCGCGUUGAGCAGUGUUGUUGAGGCCACGUCCAGCAACCAAGUCCAACCCUCUGAUGCUGCGGGAACCCUCUCAACGGCCACUGCUUCUUCCUCAGGCCCACCUCCUGCCAAGAAGCGAAAGCUGACGCCGUUGGAGAAGCUGGAGAAGUCUAGGGUUAGGGAGAUCAAGGAACGCGAGAAAGCUGAGGAGAAAGCGCGCAAGGAAGAAGAAAAGGCUCGCAAAGAGGAGGAGAAAGCGCGGAAGGAAGAGGAAAGACAGAAGCUGAAAGAUGCUAGAGACGAGAAGAAGCGUAGCAAAGAUGAGGAGACUCGCAAGAAGGCUGAGGAACGCGAAGCUAAGAAGCGCGAGAAGGAGCAUGAGGAGGAACGCAAGAACCAGGAGAAGCUCAAGAAGGAGCGUAGUCAGAUGAGACUGGGCGCUUUCUUCCAGCAAAAGCCCUCGACUCCCGCCAGGGACGCGGAUAGUGACGAAUACACUGCACGCGCUAGGCGCCGUUCUGUGUCCCUCGAACACUACGAUGAUGUGGUAGAUCAGAUCAAGAAGGCCGCUUCACCCAUGAAGGGCACGCCUCCACCACCUUCAGAAAAGAAGCCUGUCGCAAAGAAGCCGCACUUGUCGGACUACCAUCGCUUUUUCCUCCCUUUCCAACUACCGCAACACAGCACUAUGGCCCCAUUGCCCGAAUUCUCAGAAGCCGCACAAGAGGCGUUCGAUCGCGAGAUCCAAACCCCUUCUCUUCAGGAGCAGUACGAUCUUGGAAUUGUAGCAUCCUACCGAGGAUGGGCUGACAUUGAGCACUACUUCGCGCGCCACCGUAAUAUCAAGCGUGGCAUCCAAUAUCCGAGGACGCGGAGACUAGUGGAUGUAAUCCACGGCACCUCGAAGCAGCCAAUCGAUUUGACGAACAAAGAGACUGCCGAGCAUUCUCUGCAUCUACUCCGCGAGCUGCCAAUCCGACUAAUCCAAUUCGAGGAGGACGUACGGCCAGCCUAUUGCGGUACUUACACCAAGAUCGAUACAUCCAAAUUGAAGCAAAAGGUCAGCCGGAAUCCUUUCACCAAGGCGCGUCAAGACACCGACUAUGAAUACGAGUCCGAGGCCGAAUGGGAGCCACCUGAGGAAGGUGAUGAAGACGUUCUGUGUGACGAGGAAGACGAAGCGGACAGCCAAGCCGAUGCGGAUGAUGAAGGCUUCCUCGAUGACGAGGACGACGAUGGAAAGAAUAAGCGAAAAAUCAUCACGGGCGAACUGAUCCCAACCAGCACGGGCUUGUGUUGGGCUGGUCAUGCAGGACGCAUUACCAUUGUAGAUGGGUCAGAAGUCGACAAGCAGCCGGAGGAGCUGCAAGGGAUGCGGAUGGGUAUAUUGCUUCCAGGACUCACCGACCUUGCGAUUGAUCCGUUCUCCACAAGCUACUGGCAGGUCACCAUUUCUCAAGCGCCAGCGGCAGCUGCUGGCGACAGGAUUACCUGCUCAAGUGCGAUGGCACCUCCGCGUCCGCCACUUGGACCUCGUCCUAACGCAAAUGGAUCUUCGCAGCCAACGCUUAUUGGAGCGGCUGAGGGUAUGAAGGGACCCAUCACCACUGCUGGUGCUGCCCCUCCCGCUAAGCGCGGCCCAAAGCCAGCUCCCAAGACCUUGAGCAAAGAGGACAUGGACGAGUUCAAGAAUGCGGUGAUCGGCAGUGAUGUAGGCAAGCUUGAGCUGCAGAAGAGUCUGAAGGCGAGGUGAGUAUCUCGUGGACACUCCAGAUUGAUACAGCUAAUCAGUUAUGACAGAUUCCCCAAGAUGACCAACGAGGUCAUCAAGGAGACGUUGAGCUUGCAUUUUGCACAAGUUGGCAAGACGAAGGCAGACAAGCGUUGGAAGUUCGUUACCGACGCGUGA